AACUGACAACAUCGCAGGGGGCAGCUCCUCUUCCCUUCACUCCACUGCCCGACGGCGGAGCUCCGAGGACGUUACCGGCCGCGCAUGCCGCUGUGAAUUCAGCCCGUCGUCAUUUUCUUCCACGAAAGCAAUGUUCAUUUUGAGUUUUUCCAGUUUGAGGCGACACAAAAAGUAGCAGGCUUCUGGUUUUUGGGAAUGCUUCCUCGGUCUGCCAGGAAAGAGCAGAGAGUGACAGUCCUAUCUGUCAGUUCACAUCUGAAGACAUGUUGCACUGGACUCUGCCUGACUGGAAAGUACUGCUGCUGACUGUACUGCUGUGGGACCGCCUCUGUGCUUUGGGACUGAAACCGACGAGAUGGCCACUGUAUUCCCAAAAGCCUCUACUCCUCGCUUGGAAUGUCCCGACUGAGGACUGUGCCCCGCGGCAUGGCAUUCGCUUUAAGCUGGACCUCUUCCAGAUCGUGGCCUCACCCACUGAGGGCUUUGUUAGACAGAACCUCACCAUCUUCUAUAAGGACCGCUUAGGCUUGUACCCCUACUUUGAGCCGGAUGAAACGCCGGUGAACAGGGGGCUGCCUCAGAUGGCCAGCAUCACACAGCACCUGGAAAAGAUGGAGGAGGGAGUGCAGAAGUAUAUACAGGAACGAGGGGCCAAGGGUCUGGCUGUUAUUGAUUGGGAGGAAUGGCGCCCGCUCUGGAUACGUAACUGGGAAACCAAAGAUGUUUACCGCAGACAUUCUCGCGAGUUGGUACGUCAGAAGAACCCAACGUGGCCUCCGGAGCAGGUGGCAAAAGUGGCCCAGCAGGAGUUUGAGAUGUCUGCCAGGAAGUUCAUGCUGGAGACGCUGAAGCACGCCAAGAACCUGAGGCCCAACCAGCUGUGGGGUUUCUACCUGUUCCCCGACUGCUACAACCAUGACUACAGGCGCACUUUGGAGAACUACACAGGCCGCUGUCCUGAUGUGGAGGUGGCCCGCAACGAGCGGCUGAAAUGGUUGUGGACGGAGAGCACGGCCCUCUUCCCCUCCAUCUACAUGGGCACCGUGCUGCGUUCCUCAGCCUCCGGUCGGCAGUUCGUCCGGAACCGAGUGAAGGAGGGGAUGCGUUUGGCAUCAUCAGGCACUGGGUUGGCACGUCCUGUCUUUGUGUACACCCGGCCCACCUACGCCAACUCCCUGGACCAGCUGACAGAGACUGACCUCGUCUCCACCAUCGGGGAGAGUGUGGCUCUGGGGGCGGCUGGAAUCAUCAUGUGGGGAGAUACCGCGUAUGCAAGCAGCAGAAACAGCUGCUUCAACCUGGAUGUGUAUCUGCAGGGUCCGCUGGGUCAAUACCUCCUCAACGUCUCCACGGCAGCAGAGCUAUGCAGCCAGACCUUGUGUGGUUCUCACGGCCGCUGUCUGCGCAAAAACCCAGACAGCGAUGUUUACUUGCAUCUGAACCCCCUCACCCACAAUAUCAGCAGCCAGCAAGGCAAGCCGACGGUCACCGGAGAGCUGGGCGAAGCGGAGAAGACCAGAUUUCGAACAGAGUUUCAGUGCCAGUGCUACAGCGGCCAUGAGGGAGAGGGCUGCGAUCAGACAGGGGAGCCAUCUCGAGCCGCCAAUCCAUCCGCACCGCAGUGUGUGAUCUUAUUGAUUAUCUCUCUGCUCCUCUGUUAGUACACCACAAAUACUGCAAACAUAGCUACAUUUCACAUGGCUAAACACAGGAGCACACCAGCUGACCAGUUGGGAAUUGUAAGGAAUGAGGAGUGUCAUUUUCUUUCUCUUUUAAUUGCUGUAAAAGGAUGACACAAAGUGAAAUUUUAUGAGAAACACUGUGGAAAUUGCAAAGUUAUAUUUGUUUAGAACUUGUAAUCUUUUUUAAAAAAUGGAGGGCUCGCUGGAAAUGACCGUGUUUACAUUAUUGCUCUCAGUUUCCUCUCAGUCACUGUUUCCCAAAGCGUCGCUGGGGGGAUGUGAUGAAUGAGUUGAUGUAUGUCAGUAGCUGUGUGGUGAAAGUGGAACUGAUGCACUUAAAUCUGGUAAUAGCACAAUAUAUUUGAAGUGCCUGAUCUUUUUUCAAUAUGAACCCUCUCUGACAUCUGAUGUUUUUAUGGAGGCAAUUACAGUGUUACUAUUUAUUUGAAUGUAUUUUUAGGUGUUUUAUAUGAUAUUUUCCUAUUUUUAUGCCUAAAACAUGACUACUACUUUUCUCUUAAAACACUACAUCACUCAGUUUUUGCUCAGAAUGACAGCCCGUUUCACAUCAGAAGCACAAACAACGUAAAAAGCCAAGUUUUGACACAUUGUAUGUUCCACAAUGUCACUUACAUGACUGCCUCUCUCUUUAUGCUGUCCUCAAAUCUGACUUUUGUCUAAGUAAAUAAACGUCAU